UGUUUCAAAGACAACACCUCAUCUGUGAAGACGUACUGUCCGAUACAGUGGAUAAUGGAUUUAGAGGCUAUUUAUGAAAAUGUUGAACACAGAGAUAUUGGGAGCACAACUGGAGCUCAAACUCAGAGUCACGGCCGGGAUGAAAGAAAAGAUCUCAAGCACAGAGGAAGUAGAUAUUUGGGGUUGAUCUCAGUGGGUCUCGGGCUCAUUUGUGUUCUUCUGCUGGUCUUCAUCAUACUGCUGUACAUCACCAUCACAGCAGAGAGAGACAUGAUAAAGAGUUACAAGAACACCGUUGAAGAGUUCAAUCAAACCAUCAACAGCUUACAGGACAAUCACACUGAUCUAACACAGAAGAACCUGGAGCUGGAGACCAAAGUUAAAGAUCUCACUGCUGAGAAAAACCAGCUACAGAGAGAUUUUGACUCUUUGAAUAAGAAGGAUCCAGUUUAUUUCUUCAUGUCCACUGAGUCGAAGAACUGGUCUGACAGCAGACAGUACUGCAGGGAUCGUGGAGCUGAUCUGGUCAUUAUCAACACUGAAGAGAAGCAGAGGUUCAUAUCUUCAUUAGUCAGUGAAAGAGUGUGGAUUGGUUUGUCUGACUCAGAGAACGAGGGCGUCAUGAAAUGGGUGGAUAAUUCACCACUGAAACAAGGGUUUUGGCUCAAAGGUGAGCCAAACAACGCUUACAAUGAGGACUGUAUUGAACUGAAUUAUAAUAGAAAGAAGACGGGAUGGUCACCACUGAACAGCUGGAAUGAUGAUUCAUGCUCUGCGAAGAAAAGGGGGAUUUGUGAGAAAUAGGAUCCAUCACAUCCUGUGGUUUUGCAUUUAUUAUCUAAUGUAAUCAUUCUCAUUGUGAACACAUGAGUUCUGAUUAAGCUUCCUGCCUUUAAAAAAAAAGUAGAUCUUAAAUUUGUUUUUGUUUUUACUUAUUGCUAUAAUAAUCUUUAUUUCUCACGGUGUGAAUUCGGGUAAUCUGGGACACAAAACCUCUGUGUUCAUGUUUUGCUCCAUCACAUCAAACUCUAUCAAUAUGAUCUUAGUUCAGCUGUUAUCAUGAUCUCAUUUGUUGAUCUGAAGA